AUGCGUUCCGUAUGUCAAGAAAACUUAUCAUCCAAGAAAUAUAAAGAAUAUGAAGAAAUAGAGCGUACCAUUGUCCAAGAAAAACAAUCUACUGAACAAGUUUCACCAGUUAAAGCUACUCCUGCUAAAAAAGACAAAGGUAAAGGAAAGGCAAUUGAUACAGCUCCUACUACCAAAGGAAAAGAUGUCAAAAACAACAAUGCUAUAAAUCAUGGACAAACUGAUAUUUACACUGCUGUUGACACUGGUACUUUUGACAAGAAAGGAAGAAUUCGAAAGACGUCAACCAGAGAAUACUAUCAUAGGUCUAGAUACAACCUUGCAACUCAAAAGCGCUUGAACCACCAACAAAAACACCAGGCAUAUUUCAAUAUUAUCAGUAAAGUACCCUCACUUAAAACUUCUGGUUUAACUGAUUAUUUCUGA